AUGGGGCUCCGCCACAUCGUGCGCUGCAUGGUCCAAGCUGCGAUCGGCAUCGUGUGGCUUCACGCGGUCGUCGAGCAGCUCGAUGCGCACGUGCACUUGGGCCUCAAGCCGAAGCUACAGACGCUGACCACCGACCGCGAGGUGCAGUUCUCGGACGCUUCGGUCGUCGACCAUUGCCUCUCGCUGCGCCGGCUCGAGCAUGCGACGGCCGAGCUCUGCGCGAUCGCCAUGUGACAAUAACGCAGCCUACACUUAUUCGCACGUGGCCGCCGUCGACUUCGCCGCCGCUCGUCUAGAGGCUAGCGCUCCAUUUGUCUUGGAAAGUGACGUGGCAACAUGGACGUGCAUGCGCCAUC